AUGGCACCCUCAUUAGAAGAGCCCGAGUCCAUACAAGACGUCAUCAGCAACCCUCUCAAGGCGAAGCCGCAACUGGUGGCGCCCGAACCAGAACAUUGCCCUGGCCCAGAGUCUGAGAAAGCAGGGACGGCAGACUCAUGUGCCGGCUGUCCAAACCAGCAGAUAUGCGCAUCGGCACCCAAGGGUCCUGACCCUGAUAUACCGUUAAUCUCCCAGCGCUUAGCAGGAGUCAAACACCGCGUGCUGGUAUUGAGUGGCAAAGGGGGUGUUGGCAAGUCCACAUUUACGAGCAUGCUAGCCCACGCAUUCGCCCUCAACCCCGACAGCACGAUCGGAAUCAUGGACACGGACAUAUGCGGCCCGUCCAUCCCCAAGAUGAUGGGUGCUGAGACCGAGACAAUACAUGUUAGCAAUUCAGGCUGGUCACCGGUGUGGGUCAUGGAUAAUCUCGGCGUGAUGAGUAUACAAUUCAUGCUGCCCAACAAAGACGACGCGAUAAUAUGGAGAGGCCCCAAGAAGAACGGCUUGAUCAAGCAAUUCUUGAAGGAUGUCGAUUGGGGUGACCUCGACCUGCUACUUGUCGAUACACCGCCGGGGACGAGCGACGAGCACCUGAGUGUAAAUUCAUUCCUGAAGGAAAGCGGCAUUGACGGAGCCGUUGUGGUGACUACGCCGAACGAGGUGUCAUUGCUGGACGUACAAAAGGAAAUUGAUUUCUGUCGCAAAGCCGGUAUCAAGAUUCUCGGGCUUGUCGAUAACAUGAGUGGCUUCGUCUGCCCGAGUUGCAAACAUCAGAGCCAGGUCUUCGAGGCCACCACGGGAGGAGGCGAGGCAUUAGCGAAAGAGAUUGGCAUCCCGUUCCUGGGAGGUGUGCCGUUAGAUCCUCGGAUUGGAAUGGCUUGCGACUAUGGCGAGAGCUUUUUCGACUCUUUCCCUGACAGCCCGGCAUGCAAGGCUCUCAAGAGGGUGGCCAGGAGUGUUGGAGCCCAGAUAGGGCUGGAUUUUCAGGAUUCUUUACCUGAGGAGUAGAUGCGAGCCAAUCAAAAUAGAGCGAGAUACCCAUGAGCAAUCCAUGCGCCGUACAGAUGUGCCUCCGCAGAAACCUGAAAAGGAAAACAAGGGAGAUCUUCCAUUGCACCCUCGUCAGAGCGCAAAUCAGCUUCAGUGAAUGUGCGUGCGCCAUGACAACACCUCUUCUCAGGAGGCGCCAAGCUUCUCCGGGAUCUCUUCCAAGUCAUCAGCUGACGCGAUGUCAAUGACCUUGUUCACCUCCGCCGUAUUCCGGAAGAGCUCCUUGGCACCUGCAUACAACAUUCGAAGCUCACUGUUGCAUGUGACC